UAAGACCGACUAUUCAACCUGUAGCUCUGGAAAGGACAGUACAUCCCACGCAGUGGAAAGAGUGCAUCACUACGAUUUUCAUCAUCUUGUCUGCGUACUCUCUGGUACUAUGAAAACGCACACACGUAAAGAAGAAACCCGCUGAGGACGAAUUUAUUUGGAAACAAACUUUUGGAAUUUCCUGCUACUUCGGGACCACUGCCAGUUCUUAACUUAAUCUUGAACGUAGGCUGUCAGUUCAACGUCAGACAGAAUGUACUGCCACAAUCUAGUUCUUUUUGUAGUUUUGUAUUCGCACGCGCUACUGAUGAUGACGUGCCUGCCACCAGCCUCAGCGCAGAAGUCGAAUGGUCCUCGGUGGCUUAUAGGAGACAGAGAGAGCCCAUGUCCCCCUGCAUGCUCCAGGAGUCAGGGCAAGCCUGUGUGUGGGUCAGACGGACGCAGUUAUGAUACCAACUGUGAUCUGGAGAGGGCGAAAUGCAAGGACCGCACACUCACCCUCGCCCACAGGGGCCGAUGCAAAGGUAAAAACUGGCUGCGGAUAGAUCAGCCUCUUCCUGCACCGACACUUGUUUCAGAGGUCAAAGAGCUGACAGGUAUGAAAGAGGCAGGCCAGACGAAAUGUCGGACUGAGAGGAUUCAGGCUCUGGAACAGGCCAAGAGGCCACAAGAAUCCAUUUUUAUCCCAGAAUGCAAUGACGACGGAACAUUUGCCCAGGUCCAAUGUCACACCCUCACAGGAUACUGCUGGUGCGUGACGACAGAUGGCAAGCCAGUCAGCGGCUCUUCUGUCCAGAACAAAACGCCAGUGUGUUCAGGAAACUUCCGUGAAUUUAUGGGAACUCAUGCUGGGACAAGUGGAUUGUCAGGGUCAGUAACCGAUAAGCCACCGGGACCUCCUAGCUCUGGCAGAAAAGUCUCUUUCCGUUUCUUUCUAACCCUCAAUCCAGAUGAUGGCUCCAAACCCACACCAACCAUGGAGACGCAUGUUGUCCCAGAAGGUGAGGAAAUUACAGCUCCCACAUUAUGGAUUAAGCAGCUGGUGUACAAAGAGAACAAACAGAACAGUUCAAACAGUAGGAAGUCAGAGAAAGUUCCCUCUUGUGACCAGGAGAGGCAGACAGCUCAGGAUGAGGCUCGGCAGAACCCGCGGGAAGCCAUUUUCAUUCCUGACUGCGGCCUACAGGGUCUCUACAAGCCGGUCCAGUGCCACCAGUCCACUGGUUACUGCUGGUGUGUGCUGGUGGACACUGGGAGACCCAUACCUGGAACCUCUGCAAGGUAUAAGAAACCAGAAUGUGACAGUGCAGCUCGUUCUCAAAACUCAGAGAUGGAAGAUCCGUUUAGAGACAGAGAUCUGACAGGGUGUCCAGAGGGAAAGAAAGUGGAAUUCAUAACCAGCUUGUUGGAUGCUCUUACUACUGACAUGGUGCAGGCCAUCAACUCACCAACCCCCUCUGGUGGUGGGAGGUUUGUUGAGCCUGAUCCAAGCCACACACUGGAGGAACGGGUGGUUCACUGGUACUUUGCCCAGCUGGAUAAUAAUGGCAGCCACGAUAUCAACAAGAAGGAGAUGAAGCCCUUCAAGCGCUACGUGAAGAAGAAAGCCAAACCCAAACGAUGUGCCCGCAAGUUCACCGACUACUGCGACCUUAACAAGGACAAGACCAUCUCCCUUCAAGAACUCAAAGGAUGCCUAGGAGUCAAUAAAGAGGGUAGCACUACAAGCAGCAGCAGUCAGGGGACAAGGCAAGGGACAAAUUUGUUCACAGGUCGUCUGGUCUGAAGACAGAAAGUUCCAGAAGAUGAGGCAGUAGCACAAAGCACAGUGAGAAGGCAUCUGUUCACUGCUGGAAGAGUACAACGAAGGAUCUGAGAAAUUAUUAAGAGGUUCCUUAAGAAAAUGAUAUCAUGGAGCCAAAAUAUUUGCACUUUCUCCUCCCAUUGUUAGACAUUUUAUGUCCUUUGUUUGUGUUGUAAACGUCUUAUUAAUAUGACUUAAGGAUUGACAAAAAUGUAUGUCAGAGAACACAGACUGUAAGUGUGAAUGAUCACCUGCUUCCGUCCACAUUUCAGCACAUCCACGCUCACCGCUAAUCCAGACAGUAUUAUAGUUGUUUGAAUGAGACAUUUUUGAAUGUCGCUUCUAAAACAAAAAAAAACAUUCUGUUUUAAAAUUAGCUUGUCUUUAAAUGUCUCUUCCACGGUUUGCUGUUGUUUUUAAUAAUGUCCACUCAACCAGUAUGUUUGCUUCUUUGUUCACCUUGGCAACGGAACUAAUGGAGCAUUAAUAGUGAACAAGAAAUGGAGCGAAAAAGUUUCUGUCAACAAACAUUAGCUACGGUCUCUCAAACUUGCACCUCAGGACACUAGUAAUGUACACGUAACCAUCAACUGAGAAUUAGCAGUAAGUUCCACAUGGUUCAUUCAGAAGUCAGAGGUCAAAAACACUAUCACGCAAAAUUAGUUUUGUAAAUGUCACGAAACACUUCACUUAGUUUAUUCAGUAAGUACAUGAUGUGUCUCACAUACUGAACAACUGGUGUUCUGUUUUUUGAUCUUGUUUUUUCACAAUGUCAAAUCUUGAACCUUCAAAUGACAAAUAGUACAAUAAAAAAUGGGUGUUAUAACUGCUUUAGACAGAUGAAUGCACAGAACUAGUACUUUUCAUCAGAAAUAAAAAAAAAUUCUGUAUAGCUUCUUUCCAUACAUAAAUUCUACCUGAGCUGGGUAUUUGCGUACACUUUUUUUUGGGACAUGUGCUAUGGUAUUCCUUAAGGUACCUGGGAGUGACAUGUAAAUACCAUGGUAAUCGUUAUUUUACCAUGGUAUUACCACAACUGUUUUUUGUAGGAUUCUAUUUUCUUCUCUUGGUAGAAGAGGAUUGUAUAAAUCAGGAGGUUUGUGUACGUCUUGCAAUAAUUCAGUGUAAACAAUGUUUUUUUUUUUUUUUUGCAAAGUCUCUGAGCUUAUGCCCUGUCGGGUGUGAUUUAUUGUUAAGCAUCUGUAUUAGCUGGAGUGUGUUCAAUAGCAAUGAUUUGUUUCUCAGCCAAGGUAAUCAACUGUAGUUAUGUUGAAGGAACGACUAUGAGAAAAGGGUAAUUGAUUUAAAUUGACUAAUUGUUUUGACGUAUUUACACUGACUCAAAGUUACCUUCUAAUGUCAUCACUGACUAGGCUUUGGGAAUGGUAAUUUCUUGUUGAUUCCGAAAGCAAAACUUUCAACCUCUUGCAAGAAAACAAUAAAAUUAGAGAUAUAAAUAUAUUUACCCCUUAUUUGAUGACUAUUUCUUUCCACUUUAGGAAAGAUUUGUUUUGUUGCUCAUUGUGUUUGGUCUUUUUUUUUUUUUCUUUCCUAUGUAUGUAUGUGUGUGAGUGAUUUAUCUUGUGUGUGUGUGUGUGUGUGUUUGUUUUUUUUGUUUUUUGUUUUUUUUUUUUUGCUUAUUGACAUGUACUUGGAAGCCAUUGCUUUGGCUUGAAAAUUAAAUUAGUCAAGUUGUAAAUAUUUAUCAUAUGUGCUUUUUUGGGGGGUCUUUUCUCCAAUUCAGUCUUAAAACAGUGUUUAGCAAACCCUGAAGGUGAUGUCAACAUCAAUUAGAUUAUAUUGUAGAGUAAAUUGUAAGUAGGCUGUAUUGCUCUCAUCAUAAAAUUUCAGUUGUUGUUGUUUUUUAAGUCUGUUCAUCACAAUGUAAAAAUGACAGCCAGUGACAAUACACACACAAUAAAUCUA